AUUAAAUUUUCGCGUAUUUCCAGGCGAUUUGAAAUGAUUUUGCUCUAUAGACAAAUUUCGAUAUGUGCUUCAUGAAUAGAUUACUAAACCGGAAUUGUGCAAAAUCUUUCGAUAUAGACGGAAGCAAACCAGCCGCCAUGUGCCGUGCAGUGAUGAUAGUCGUCAUAAAAAUAGUUUUAUGUGCCUCUCGGCACUGCAGGAGUCCAGUGCAGACAUCGGUCUGGUACUUAGUGAAAACGCAUAAUUUGCGAGGAUGUCUGAGAAUUCUGGUGACUCUGAGCAGAAAAGGUGUCAAAAGCCAAGCCGGAAUUGAAUGUUGGCGAUUUCGGAUCAAUCAAAAUCCCUUCCAGAACAACUUGCCAAAUACGUCGCAUGGAAUAUGAAUUCGCCCGUAGAUCCACAUUUAAUAACUGAUGGUACAAACUUUCACUUAUAUGUUGAAGGAGAGAUAGUGGAGUGCGGAACUUCAUCACUUCAUGCUAUGGACAUCCUCUUCAAAUGUUUUUGCGUUUUUAAGUUAAAAGUUCCACCUUCUUUAAAAAGGGUUGUUGAGUUUUUUGAAAUUAUCACAUAUAAAAUUAAGUCUAAUAGUACAACACAAAGUGUAAACAGACUAGUAGCUAUGUUUAGAGAAUCAAUUGUUGCAGAGAAUUGCGGUUCUGACAAUUGAUGAUAGUAGUUAAGUAAUCCUGUAUUCGUUAAU